CUCCAACCACAAUAUAAAAAUAACAAUUGUCCUUGGGUAUGAGUCCCGUUUUUGUUGAUCUUAAUUGGUAUGUUUUGUCGACGUUGUGAGACAAACCGCGUUGGCCUCAUUUUGCUUAAUCACUGGUGUUCAUAUCGUUCAUUAUGUGUUGCGCAGUAAAGCGACACCCACGGAAGUGACCAUGAUGGGAAGAGUUGCUGACGUAUUUGGCAUGACGCAAUGUCCUAGCGCCUGGUACCUCGCAACGAAUGAUUCAUUCUGAAGUUGAGAGAUGGCUCUACGUUACUUAGUUUCCCAAUUGACUGAAAGACAAAGAUGACUCUAACUCGAUUACACGUUAGACUAUCUAUUUUACGAUAGAAUUAUUGUUUGUGUAUCAUACAACCAUCCGACCAUGAAGUUGCUUCAUAAAGACAUUGAAAAAGAUAAUGCCGGCCAGGUGACUCUGAUGCCUGAGGAGGCGGAGGACAUGUGGCACACCUACAACCUGCUGCAGGUGGGGGACAGCCUGAGGGCCUCCACUAUCAGGAAGGUGCAGACAGAGUCGGCCACCGGGAGUGUGGGCAGCUCCAGAGUUCGCACUACUCUGACCUUAAGUGUGGAGACCAUCGACUUUGACUCUCAGGCCUGCCAGUUGAGAGUAAAGGGCACUAACCUAGAGGAGAACCAGUAUGUCAAGAUGGGAGCUUACCACACCAUCGAGCUCGAGCUCAACAGGAAGUUCACUCUGGCUAAAAAGAGCUGGGACAGUGUGGUGCUGGAUAGAAUCGAGCAGGCGUGCGACGCCACCCAGAAGGCAGACGUGGCGGCUGUGGUGAUGCAGGAGGGUCUGGCCAACCUGGUGCUCGUGACCCCCGCCAUGACUCUGGUUCGUGCAAAGGUGGAGGUCACCAUUCCUCGCAAGAGACGCGGAAGCUGCACUCAGCACGAGAAGGCGCUGGAGAGGUUCUACGAGGCUGUGAUGCAGGCCAUUCUUCGCCACAUCAAUUUUGAUGUUGUAAAGUGCAUCCUCGUCGCCAGUCCCGGGUUCGUGAAGGACCAGUUCAUCACUUACCUCUUUAGAGAGGCGGUGCGUCAGGACAACAAGACCCUGCUGGAGAAUCGACCCAAGUUCAUGCUGGUCCACUCGUCGUCUGGUCACAAGUACUCGCUCAAAGAAAUCCUCACUGACCCCAGCGUGACAAGUAGGCUCUCUGACACCAAGGCAGCUGGAGAGGUGAAAGCCCUGGAGGACUUUUACAAGAUGCUCCAGCAUGAGCCUGACCGAGCCUUCUACGGAGUGGCUCACGUGGAGAAAGCCGUCGACGCCCUCGCCAUUGACACCCUGUUGAUAAGCGACAAGCUGUUCAGACAUCAGGAUGUCCCCACGCGGAGCCGCUACGUUCGGUUGGUGGACAGCGUGAGAGACAACGGCGGCACCGUCAGAAUGUUUUCAAGCCUCCACGUGUCCGGUGAACAACUGACUCAGCUGAGCGGCGUGGCUGCCAUCUUGCGGUUCCCCAUCGCCGACCUAUCGGAGCCAGAGGACGACAGCAGCUCCGACGAGGACUGAAGGGUCGCCCGGUAACACCCGACUGCAUCGACACGAUGAAACCCCCUCCCCCCCCCUCCCCCCCCCCACCCCCCACUUGCGGCUAAACCCGAUGCACGCCACCACUGCAACACGUCCACCUCCUGGCGGGGCGCCCGGUUCCACGGCGCUUUUGAUUCUUUCGCCUUGAAGGUGAACGGUGUCUUUUUGAAAGGAAUUUUUGAUCGGAAUCCCAAAUGAAAAUAGACAGUUGGCAGAAGAGAAUCUUCCUUCUACGUGUAUAUAUAUAUACAACAUAGCUCUCUUGCAAUUAAAUGACACAAUCCUUCA